UAGGUUGUUUUUGGUAUGUUGUCAGGAAUGUUAAAACGAGUUUUUAAUUUGGUGGCAUUGCGAUGUUCUGUCCCUCACGGGCGCACUGCACGCGUAUGGUAGGUACGUAUAGAAACGAUACUAUAUCCAUGAAAUAGGUACGAUUUGUAUAUUUAUGUCAAGUUGACUGAAGCUUAUUGUCGUAACAAAUUGUCAGUGUGUAUGUGAAUUGUUUUUUUGGAAAAAAUGAUAAAUACAAAAUGAUAAAUUAAGCUAGCUAGUUAUGUCUAGCUAGCAAACCAAUACCACUAUGCAUCAUCCAUGCAGGAAAAAGAAAGUUUCAAGUAAUGUGCGGAAAAAAGUAAUAUAAAUGGGGACUCCAGGCGACAAGUGUGAUCUGACUUCACCUUCGGACCUGGCUAUGCUUCAAGAGAAAGGAUUCAUACUGGGCAAGCUCAUUGGAGAAGGGUCUUAUGCUAAAGUGUACAAAGCAGUUCAUAUGAUAGACGAGACCCACAACACGAUGUUGGCGUGUAAAGUGAUUGACACGACGGGAGCGCCCCGCGACUAUCUCACCAAGUUCCUGCCGCGCGAGCUGGAUAUCCUCAUCCGCCUCAACCAUCCGCACAUCGUGCACGUCACCGACAUCUUCCAGCGCCGCGCCAGAUACUACAUAUUCCAGCGAUUUGCCGAAAACGGGGACCUACUCAACUACCUAACAAGCAACGGCGCUGUGCCCGAGAACCAGAGCAGGCUCUGGAUGCGACAGAUUAGCUGCGGUCUCCACUACAUCCACACUCUAAACAUCGCGCACAGAGAUUUGAAGUGCGAAAACAUAUUGAUCACAACGAAUUACAAUGUCAAGAUAACUGAUUUCGGUUUCGCGCGCGGAGUCCGCUGCAGGGAUCGGGACGUUUUGUCAGAGACAUUCUGCGGGUCGCUUUCGUACGCCGCGCCAGAAGUACUAAAGGGUAUCCCGUAUCUACCUAAGCUGGCUGAUAUGUGGUCCAUGGGGAUCAUUCUUUACACUAUGCUAAACCAAGCCCUACCAUUUAAUGAGACUUCUGCGAGAAAGUUGUAUGAGAAACAGGUGACGAAGAAGUGGCGGUUCCGCUCGAAUGUAGUGAAUCAACUAUCAGAGGAAUGCAAGCGGCAAGUUACCCAGCUGAUGGAACCGGAGGCGAAGGCGCGGCCAACGGCCAGCAGCCUCUUUAACGGUCCCUGGAUCGGCAUGGACCCUCGCCUUCUCAAGUUAACUUUUAUGGAAGAGUCACUACUCAAACAAGCUGUAGCAGUUGUCGAGAAACAGAUGAGGGAUUCCGAAGCGGAGACCGAUAUGGAGCGCAUCGCGGAAAUCCGCUGCAAGAGCCGGGGAAAAGAGGGAUUCAAAGUAUGGAAAACUAGUGACGCAACAGCAUUUGUAAAAUCGAAACAUAUGUUUGAGGAAAAUGAAAAUAAAUAAGAAUAAAAAACGAAAUCAUCAUUCAAUGUUUAUUAAAUCAUACAUUUUAUA